AUGCACAGCGUGGCUGGGAUCUCCCCCCCAGCGAUUUUCGUGCCAUUUUCCCUCGGCGGUCUUUCAGAAGCAGAUUUGAAUGUUUCUGCUGCUGCACUGACGACACUUCAAUGGAGGCCGAGGCGGAUCUACAUGUCAACAUUACUGGUCGACCUUGACACGCCAGACUUCAGUAUGCCGUACGUCAUUAUCGUGAGCUACACGCUCAUCGCACUGAUAUUCGGGAGCGUGUUCAAUCUGCUGACGCGCAAGUGCAUGGUGGUGUCUCUAAAUAAUGAGGGUGGUGCCGGGAAGUGA